AUGUCUAAAAUGACUAAUAUAUAUUGGUUGGUAGUUGAUAAUGAUCUACCUAAUUUAAAAUGUUUCUCAUUAACGUGUUAUCGUAGUUUCCAAGGAUUUGACAAUGUAAUUGUACGUCUUCUUCAUCGAAUGAUAUAUCUCGAAGAAUUAACUUUAUAUCUUCAUAUCUUUGGUGGAUCUAAAUUCAUCGCUGGCACUCAUCUUGAUAAUGAAAUUCUUAUUCAUAUGCCACAACUUCAUACAUUCAUAUUUUAUAUCGCUUCUGAAAAUGUCAUUGCUGAUCCAACUAUUCGUGUAUCUAAUGAUGAUAUUCAACGAACGUUCACAAAUAUAGAACAUCGACAAGUGGCUUGUAUGGUAGAUUAUUUCAAGCCUGACACAAUGAUAUGUCGCAUUUUUUCACUUCCAUUUAAAUUUCAUCGUCUUGAACACAUUACAAAUAACAUUCCAAAUAUUAUAUUUAAUUCUGUUACUUAUUUAAAAUUAUGGGACACAGAUCCAUUCAAAUAUAAAUUUUUCGUUCGACUUGCUCGAGCUUUUCCAUUUCUUAAAAAUUUAUCUAUUCGGAAUAUUGUACGACCAUUUUUGUUCGAUCAAAAUAAUCACCUUCGCGAUAAAGACUGGCUCUCAAUUAUUGAAUAUCCUCAUCUUAUUUCACUUGACAUGGAACGUGCACAUAGUUAUUAUGUCGAAGAUUUUCUCAAUGAAACAAAAGCAUAUUUACCUCAUUUAACAGAAUUAAAAGUCCUUUAUUACAGUUUGCAAAUUGUGACAAAAUAUUUUACAAGAAAUGAAACACGGCGUAAUUGUGCUAGAGUGAGACAACUAAUUGUUGAAAAUCCAAUAGCUUAUCCAAAAGAUGUCUAUUGCUAUUUUCCUUCAUUGUCAGUUUAA